AUGCGGAACGGGAUCGACAGGGGAUUUAUCACGAUAUUCCAGAGGGGCAAAGCUGUGCUAACGCCGAACCAGUUGGACAGCUUCAGAAUCGCUAAAUUAUUCAAUUCGAUCGACACGGCUACCACUGUACAAAUGGAAACCGUCACCGAAAUGGUAACAAAAACGAAGAAAAAGAGCACUCCACGAAAAUCGGCUGUAUCUCCCACCAAAGAGAAGAAAGUAGAUUUUAAUGGAGCAGGUUUGAAAACAAGCACUAGCAAUGGCCAUUUCAAAAAUGGUGGACUCAGGCCGUCACCAUCCACAAACACAUUAAAUCGACUUGCACGAGAGAAGAUUGUAUUAUGGAAGCAACCAUUAACGACUACCUAUUAUGCUUUUAUGGAAGUGCUCAAUCUAACUUAUGAGUUUAUCACGGGGAUGCUUCAACAAAAAACUUUGUUGCUAGCGAUAUCUAUAUUUAGUGCGCUUAUUUAUUAUGCAUAUAUAACUCCUGGUCCACAUCAAGACUAUAUCGCCGUCAUAGAAAAGAAAUUUGCAUGGUGGGGUUGGUGGGUUUUCUUGGGUGUUCUAUCAUCUAUUGGAUUAGGAUCAGGACUUCAUACUUUCCUUAUUUAUCUGGGCCCUCAUAUUGCCGCUGUAACGAUGGCAGCUCAUGUCUGUCAUAGUUUGGACUUUCCUGAGCCUCCUUACCCAGAGAGAAUCGUUUGUCCUGAUGCAAAACCUGAUCCGGCUUCUUCUCUUGCGAUCACUCUCUGGCAGAUUGUUUCAAAGGUACGAGUGGAAUCGCUUUUGUGGGGCGCUGGCACAGCCCUCGGAGAACUUCCUCCAUAUUUCAUGGCUAGAGCAGCGCGGUUAAGCGGAGAAGAACCGGAUGAUGAAGAAUACAAGGAGUUCUUGCAGUUGAUGCGUUCUGAGAAAGGCGCACCUGAUGAACUGUCUUGGACCGAUCGUGGAAAAGCUUGGGUAGAACGCUUUAUCUCACGAGUUGGCUUUCCAGGAAUUCUAUUGUUUGCAUCCAUACCAAAUCCACUCUUCGAUCUAGCUGGAAUAACAUGUGGGCAUUUCCUCGUACCAUUCUGGUCAUUCUUUGGAGCGACGCUCAUUGGAAAAGCAAUUGUCAAAAUGCAUAUGCAGAUGCUGUUCGUGAUCAUCGCGUUCAGUGAGCACCAUGUGAAAACUGUGCUUGAUCAGAUUGAGCGGAUCCCGUACAUUGGCCAGUCCAUUCAGCAACCGAUUCAUGAUAUGCUGCAAAAGCAGAAGACAGCCUUGCACCGACCUCCGGGGACCCUCGUCGAACAGCAAACAUCCACGCUACAGGCUAUUCUUGGAGGAAUUGUAACGUUGAUGAUUUUUGGCUUCUUAUUGUCGAUAUUCAAUUCAAUGGCCCAACGCUAUCAUAAACGGUUAUGUGAUCAAAAGAAGCAAGUCUAAGUCGCUUCUUUUGCUUUUGCAUGGGUUGUGAAGAGGUAUUCCUUAUGUUUCGUUCCGGCUCGAUUUUUCGAGCUUUCUAUCUUGCGGGCAUUCUCAUUAAGCUUCUAUUAUUGUUGAUCGAACGAAGAUGUGAUAUGCAGCACUAUGUGCUCGAUAUUCUGCGUGUACAGUACUCUCAAAGCUACAGUACUACUUCUUUUUGAACUGAGGCCAAGCGUCUUUUAUAGGUGAACGAAUGUUUCAUUUGUCUGUCCGCGCCCGGUUUUCUCUGCUUAAUCAGUUCAGGGUGAUCACAGGCGAAUGUAUGUGCUAUUAUUUAUUGAGACUUUAACUAGAUCCCACUAGCAAAUUACUAUGACAUUGUACAGCGCGCUUAAUGUUGUGAUCUGCAAGGCUAUUCACCUGUGUGUUUUUCGAAGAAAUGCUCUAGUUGAAUACGAUGUCAUGUGAGAAUUGACAUUCCAUUGUUUCUUGUGGGUAUAUUCCUCGUGAGUCUCUAGGCUUGGGUCAUAGCUAAUCUUGUUUCCAAAUUCAAUUGUCUCUAUCAGUCGUUUUCUCAUACAUGUGCAAAUCGAUGACAUGGUUCCGCGGAGUGUACUCUUCUUUCAUUCAUUUUUGCUUCUAUUUGUUAUUAGCACUUCUUUUGAAUUCUAGCUGUUAAUAAAUAUCUUUAUGAGUUUCUGCGUUUGAUGCAUAUUACUUUUUUGAAAAUAAAUUUCUCCU